UUCAAGCAAGGAAUUGAAGUAGAAGAGAAGAGGAGAAGAUAUGUUGCUAAGGAGCUCGUCGGCGCCCGUGCUUAGCUCCCUUCUCUCUUCCGUCUCCGACAGCCCCAACCACCACCAACACCCGCCGUCCACCGCCGUUCACCACACCCAGUUCUCAUUUCCCCAUUCUGGGUCUCUGAAUUGCACCCAGGUUUUCAGCAACGCCUCUCCCGUCGCCUCUCCUUCCGUUUCCGAGCUCUCCGAUGCCGGCCGGACUUCCCACUUCAGAAGGGCUCAGUCUGAAGGGAACUUUCAAGGAUUAAUGGGGAAUGGCGUCGCCUGCAACCAUGACGAGUUCAGUUUUUCGAACCCGGUGAAGAGGUUUUCCCGCCGGCCAAACAGUUCCAUGUUGGAAACAAUCCCAUCUUUCUCACUUCACGGCGCAAGAAGAGGGCUUCAUGAAGAUGAAUACACUAACGAGGAAGAAGAAGAAGAAGAAGAAGAAGAAGUAGAGCAGAGACAGAAUGUAGAGGACAAUGGUGGGUCGUUUGAAAGUUCAGGUAAAGGUGAAGAGAAUUCCAUUUCCAUGGCUGUGGAAAGUAGCGAUUGGAAUUUGGAGAGGCAGAACAUGAAUCUAAAUGAUGAAAUCGAAUUCCUGAACAGAUAUAGAAGCUUGGGCCUUGAACAGAACCAAGAUUACAGUCCAGAGAUGUAUCUGGCAAGAGGACCUGGAGUUGAUAGGGUUAACAUCGGCUUCGGUGGAUGGGGCGGACAUGAUGGCGGCGGCGGCGGCUGCAGCUUUGGGAGAGACGCCGGCGAUAACAAUGUCCCCGGCGUGGAGGAGCAUUACAAGAGGCUGAUGGAGCAGAAUCCGGGAAACGCUUUGUUUCUGAGGAAUUACGCUCAGUUUCUCUAUCAAACAAAGCAAGAUCUGGCAAAAGCCGAAGAGUACUACUCGAGGGCUGUUCUAGCAGAUCCCGGAGAUGGCGAAGUCCUCUCGCUAUAUGCCCGACUCGUGUGGGAGCUCCACCAUGAUCAAGACAGAGCUUCAAGCUACUUCGAGCGAGCAGUCCACGCUGCUCCUCAAGACAGCCAUGUUUGCGCAGCAUACGCCAGUUUCCUCUGGGAAACAGAGGAAGACGACGAAGCACCAUGAAGAAACUAUGAAGAUCAGUAGCAGGUUACUUGGAGAUGUCUUCCAUGUCUGAUGUUCAUUAUUGGCCCUGCUCAUCAGUAUGCAUUUCAUCUUGGCAUCUUUGGUUCAUAACAUGAUUGAAGUGUUUACUCAAUUCCUUAUUCCAAUUAAGAUGAGAAAAUGUGAAAGGGGUUUAGCUCAAAGUUACCAGGAAUGCUAAACGCUCUGGUUCGUGGUACGGGAUCGGGCACUUGGUACGUAGGGGGUAGACUUAGUUGGUACACUAUUUUGGGACGUGGUACAUUUGAAAAUUUUGUUCGGUUCGUUAUAUUCAAUAAAUUAUCUUUACAUUAUCAAA